GCGGCGGCGGCACCACCACCGCUCGCCCCCCAGCCGCCCGGCCCGCCAGGAGGCAGCGGCGGCUGCUGGCGGGGGCGGAGGCGGCGGCGGAGAGGCGAGGAGGAGCAGCGGGAGGAGCAAGAGCGCGCAGCCGGCGGGUCCACGCAUCUCGGCACUUCCAGAGCAACUCCGGCGCCUUCCACACCCCUGCCCGGGGCUGGGGGCUCCGAGAGCGGCCGUGAAGCCAACCCUAUCCUCCCUGCGAACCCUGCCCAGCCCUGCCCUGCGCCUCCCGGGCUCCGCUCCGCGCGGCGGGUUUCCCGCUCCUGCGCUCCGGGCGCGCCUCCCGGACGCCCGGGUCCCCGCAGCCAGGACAAAGCCAUGAAGCCGGGGCUGCUGGAAGUGAUGAGGAUGAACAGAAUUUGCCGGAUGGUGCUGGCCACUUGCUUGGGAUCCUUUAUCCUGGUUAUCUUCUAUUUCCAAAGUAUGUUGCACCCAGUCAUGCGGAGGAGCCCCUUCGGUGUGGACAUCUGCUGCCGGAAGGGGUCCCGAAGCCCCCUGCAGGAACUCUACAACCCGACCCAGCUGGAGCUCUCCAACACGGCCGUCCUGCACCAGAUGCGGCGGGACCAGGUCACAGACACGUGCCGGGCCAACAGCGCCGUGAGCCGCAAGCGGCGGGUGCUGACCCCCAACGACCUGAAGCACCUGGUGGUGGAUGAGGACCACGAGCUCAUCUACUGCUACGUGCCCAAGGUGGCGUGCACCAACUGGAAACGGCUCAUGAUGGUCCUGACCGGGCGGGGCAAGUACAGCGACCCCAUGGAGAUCCCGGCCAACGAGGCGCACGUCUCGGCCAACCUGAAGACCCUGAACCAGUACAGCAUCCCCGAGAUCAACCACCGCUUGAAAAGCUACAUGAAGUUCCUGUUCGUGCGGGAGCCCUUCGAGAGGCUGGUGUCCGCCUACCGGAACAAGUUCACGCAGAAGUACAACACCUCCUUCCACAAGCGCUACGGCACCAAGAUCAUCAGGCGGCAGCGCAAGAACGCCACGCAGGAGGCCCUGCGCAAGGGCGACGACGUCAAGUUCGAGGAGUUCGUGGCCUAUCUCAUAGACCCGCACACGCAGCGCGAGGAGCCCUUCAACGAACACUGGCAGACCGUCUACUCCCUCUGCCACCCGUGCCACAUCCACUAUGACCUCGUGGGCAAGUAUGAGACGCUGGAGGAGGAUUCCAAUUACGUCCUGCAGCUGGCGGGCGUGGGCAGCUACCUGAAGUUCCCCACCUACGCCAAGUCCACGAGAACUACUGAUGAAAUGACCACAGAGUUCUUCCAGAACAUCAGCUCAGAGCACCAGACGCAGCUGUACGAAGUCUACAAACUCGAUUUUUUAAUGUUCAAUUACUCAGUGCCAAGCUACCUGAAAUUGGAGUGAAGGGUGGAGGUGGGGAGAGGGGCGAGAAUCGUGCUUUUUAAUUUAAGAUUUUUUAUUUGUCAAAAGAAUUCUAUGGAUAUUGGGUUAUUUUGUAAAUUAAUAUUUCUUUGGGGAUGAUGCUGCGAGCAGCAUAGUGAGAAUUAUUUAAAAUCCUUAGUAGGGAAGGACGGCUGUCUUUGCAGGGCACUAGGAUGGGUGUCCUUGUUUUUUAGACAUGAAUCCCCCGACACUUUCAGAGGUUUCUUUGUGUUCGGGUGAAUUCCAUGAAUUGUGCAUCCCAUAAAUUCUAAUUAAUGUUAUUUAUAGUUAUUUAAACAUGGUCUCUGUAUAGAUUUCUUUUUGUGGCAGCAAGAUUCUAACGUCUUUGCAGAAGAAAUCUAUGUUUCGUUCUGUGCUUGCAGCAGCUCGUGCAGGGGCAUGAAUGUUCUCCUUAUUAACCGCUCAGAGAGUCACUGUGAUAACAACCAUUGUGCUGUCUGUUGAUACCACCGUUCUUGAAAUUCUGCUAGAAAUAAAUAGAAAGAGGCACCUUUGCAAGGGACUGAUUCCAAACUGAUUUCAGUCGACCCAAACGUUCCUCACACGAAAGAAAAGUGAUUUUUUUUUUUUUAACCCAAGGAGAGAGCUGAUUGUAGCUUUUUUUUUUUCCCCACCAGACUUAGCAAUCUGGUAAGUUUGCUUACCAGAAUAAUAGGCUUUUCUACAGAAUUUUUUUAACUGGCAGUGCCAGUUGUGAUGAAGGUGAAGUGGCUGUUGCUUUACAUUCAACAAGUAUUUAUUAAGCAACUACUAUGUGCUAGGCCUAAUUCUAGACCCUGCGGAUAGAGCAUUAAACAAAACUAAUAGUCUUGGCCCUCAAGAAGCUUUACGUGGAUGCAGAGUAUCCAGCUUGACAGUUAGCAAACCCCUGAUAUUCAUGGACUUAACAUGAGGUUUGGACUAUUCACGAACCACCCCAGAAGGUUCAGGAUCCCUACAAAUUUGCAUUUUUCUAUGGCCCAAAUUUGAAAACCACGUGCUUGGAACAGGCCACUUAACUUGGUGAGUAAUCCAAGCUCAUUGCCCAACAUCAGAGAUGACAAAAAUGUUUCCUAUCAUGUGCCCACUCCAAUUUAUUGGUAGUAUCUAUCUGGCUUUAAGCCCCAGAACAGAUUUGCCAGGCACAGCAUGGAAGAGUGCUGUGAUUGAUUAGUGAUGUCUGCCUUGGGUGAAGGAAAGGAAAUAUUCACUGACCGUCUCCUCCUGUCAUUUCCAGCCCAGCUUUAAGGUCUCCACCUAGAAGUGUUUUUUCUACUCUCUGCCAUGUAAAAGAUUAAAAUUUUGUGGCAGGACUCAGACAUUGGAGGAUUUGCAAUGGCCUGGCAUUUCUACUCCUUGUGAAGGUCAGAGGCGGACUAUUUGUACACUUAUGCAUAUCCGCUCCUCCAAAGGCCAAGAAACCAUCGGCACCUUUGCAACCACCAGCAAUGAUCAGCAAGGAUAGCCUUCUGUGAUGGUAACCCAUGCCAUUUUCCUCUGGAAGGCUGGAAACAUUCCAUUCCCUGUUCCUUGUUAAUUAACGUCUGCACAUGCUUCUCAUUUCCAAUGCCUCCGCUGAAGUUUGAGCCACAUCCCUCUUACAGCUAGUGAAUGAGUUGGUAGCAGAUACUGUAUAUAAUAAUAAUAGUUCUAA